AUGGAGUUUUCAACGGUCUUACUGACACUACUCGCCCUCAUCGUCGGCUCCUACCUCCUGGAUUCGGCCAUCUUCUUCUCCCGAGACCCACUCGAGCCGGAUCACGUCCGGUCCCGCGUCCCACUUAUCGGCCACCUCCUCGGCAUCCGGAGGUUCGGUGCCGGACGGUACUACGACCAUGUCGCGCUCGACAGAUCUAAGCAAAAGUCGGGUAUCUUCACGCUGCCUAUAUUCAACUUCAAACUCUACGUGAUUUCUCAGCGCAGCUUCAUCGGCGCCGUCCAACGGCAUGCCAAGACUCUGUCUUUCACACCCUUCUCGGCCAAAACCUCGAGAAAGUUCAGCGGGCUGGGUGACAUUGCUCUCCGCAUAAACGAUCACCUCCAGGGUCCGCCCGAGGCCAGAGAGUAUGACAGAGCGCAGCGUGCGGCGCUGUCCGCGGGCCCUGACCUCGAUGCGAUGUCUCUUGUUGCCGCCAAGGUCAUGUCGUCACUCGUAAAUGGCCUGGUCGGCAAGGCUUCAGAAGAUGAGGGUUCACACAUUGAGCUUUACGAGUGGCUCAGGCAUCUCGUUGCGGUGUCGGCGUCGGAGGGCAUGUUCGGGCCGAUGAAUCCUUUCCGCGACCCUGAACAUGAAGCGGACUUUUGGACAUUCGCUGAACAAGCUCACCUUCUUGUACUAGGAGGCCUCGCGUCGAGACUCUUCGCAAGGGACGCGAUCAAUGCCAGGGAGCGGAACGGCAGACGAUACGAAGAAUACAUCCGCCGCGGCGGCCACAAAGAAGCGUCGGGUAUCGUCAAAGAGAGAUGCCGCAUCCUCAAGGAAGCCGGCGCUACACUACGCGACCUGGGCCGCCUCAACAUCGGAUUCGAUAUCGCCAUGCUCGCCAACUACGCUCCGACGACUUUCUGGGCAGUCUACGAGAUCUUUUCCCGUCCAGAGCUAGUCGACGCGAUCCGCGACGAAGUCCGGAAAGCCGUCAUCACCAGCGAUGCUGCCGCAGAUUUUAUGCUCGACAUCUCGGUCCUCAAGACAGCAUGCCCGCUGCUGCUGUCGUCGAUUCAAGAGGCGCAGCGUGUGAACUCGGUGCAUGCGAAUAUCCGCGAGGUUCUCCGAGAUACCAGCCUCACCAUCGACGGGAGACAGAUAUUGCUGAAGAAGGGGAAUUACCUUCAACUCAACGGUGUCUCGAUGUUGCGGAGCGAAGAGACCUGGGGCCCCGAUGCGGUCGAAUUUGACCCGUACAGAUUCAUCAAGAUGAAGAAGACGCCCGGCACGCCCGGCGUAGCUGCGGCGAGCGAGAUGCUGCCGCAUGCGUUUUCGGUCUGGGGGGUUGCUCCGCACGUUUGCCCUGCAAGGUGGUUCGCCACGAGCGGGAUCAUGAUGCUUGUUGCCAUGCUCGUUCUGAGGCUCGAUGUCGAGGUCGAGGGAGAUCUGAAGGGGAGGAAGCCGAAAGCUGCGAAUGACUUCUCGGCCUUACCUUCGCCUGGAGAGCCCGUGCCUGUCUUGGUGAGACCACGGAAGGAGUUUGAGGGAGGAUGGGAUGUUCGGGUUGGGGAAUCUGGUGCGAGGCUACAGUUGUCGGUCGCUUGA